CAGGUGUAAAUUGUGAAAAGUGUGUGGACCUUCACUACAGACCCUUAGGUGUGCUCCAGACAGCGGAAAAUCCCUGCAUCCCAUGUCUGUGCAAUAUCUCAGGUUCUACAGUGAACCCAAAUACAAAUUUGGUGGACUGUGUAAUGAAUAGUGACACCAACCUUCCUGAUGGCAAGGUAGUUGCAAAACUGUAAUUCUUUCUUUAUAGCUAACUGUUUCUUCUAAAUUUAAACCAUUUCAGCUUAAGUUAAGUAAGACCUAAACAACAGAAAAUUUUUAUUAAAUUUAGGGCUUAGUUUUAGAUAAAUUAUAUAUUAAAAUGGCAUCUGUUUAUGAUUAAUAAAGUGGAGAGACUCUAAUCAGGUUAACAAAGUAGGAAAUGAUUAAAACAAAGUAAGGUCAUACCUGAAAAAAGGAAUGCAACAAAACAACGGACUUGUCAGCAGGAAGCCUUUGUCAGCGAUUAUAAGCACUGCAACAUAGUGCAGUAUAAAAAAUCAUUCUUCCCAUGCACAAUAAUCCCUUGGAACCACCUGGACAAUGCCACCGAGGACUCGACAUCAGUCCAAAGCUUCAAGGCUGUCCUGGCAUCUGCUAGGAGCUGUUAGAAUAGCAACAUCUCUUCCCCAAUCAUUGCACAUAUGCCACAGUAUGUGGAUGUAGCAACGAACACUACCAGAACCAAAGAACAAACAACAGAGUUUAUGAGUUUGAAUUUAAAAGCCUUAAAAUAAGUUCUUUAUUUUAUGAACUAAAAUAUUUCAUUUGAUUAAUUUUUUUUUAUAAAGGAAAAGAAUCUUUGAGCCAAUAGUACAAUUUCAACAUUCAAAAACAAUAUUUUAAAAUAUCUGAGGAAAAACUCUAAAAAAUUUUUUACUUAAAUUAGUAGCCAAAUUUAUGUUAUAGUAGAAUUUCAUCUCCACACCUUUAUGGCCAUGUUGCUCAGUGGUUAAGUAAUUGAAUUCAGAUCAUCGUUUGAAUGUUCAUAAUCAAAUAUAUGUGCAGACCAUAAGUUUGAAUGUUCAUAUAUAUUCAGCAGCUGCUCUUCUGCAAUGUGAAAAACUUAAGUCCCAUGAUGAAAGUCAGCAGCUCAUUCUGCAUGCAAUAAAACUGCCUGUCUAUAGUUUCCCGAUAAUAUGACCAUAAUUCAUCAUUAAUCAGUGUUUAAAAUGGCCUGCUAACAUUUUUGUCAGGAGAAAAAGCAGUGUAAACAAACUUAAAGAUAUAUAACAGACUUGAUUUUGUAGUAAUUCAACAUAAUACAGCCAAAUCCAAAAAAGAAUAAUAAUAAAUAUCCAUUUGAAUAAGUAUUGCUGCAGUUGGCAAAAAAUAUACAUUUCUUAACAUGGGUCUAUGUAAAAUAGCAUGUUGAAGACUUGUUAAUAUUUUAAUGAUGAGGCUUUUAAAAUUUUAUGUCAGUGAAAAAUGUAUUGCAUUGGGCAUUUUGUAUCUAAGUCUAAUUUUCUAAUAAGAGAAACAUUUUUAUAUUUUAAUGUCAUGUUCUCAUUGUGAAUUGCGAUUUUGACCUCAAUGAAUACUUGUCAUGUCUGCAGCUACCAGGUGACUGUUAUUGUAAAUCAAAUGUAAAUGGAUCCAAGUGUGAUGUCUGUAAAACAGGUUUCUACAACUUACAACAGAAUAAUCCAGAUGGCUGUUCUGGUAAGUGCCAAUGUUAAAGAACAUUUUAAAAAAAAAAAUCAAGAAUAUUUUGAAACAACUUUCACUCUACUGCAACGAAGAGAAGAAAGUUCCAUUAUUUUUUAUCAUGGACCAAAUUGGAGGCUGGUAAAGAAAACUUGAUCAGUGAUUGUGAGACAAUGGAAUCUGAUAAAGAGAACCUGAUCAGUGAUUGAGAGACAAUGGAGAGUGGUAAAGAGAACCUGAUCAGUGAUUGAAAGGCAAUGGAGUCUGGUAAAGAGAACCUGAUCAGUGAUUGAGAGACAAUGGAGUAUUAAUUUUAUAUCAGAUUAUAUUUCCCUUGUGUAUUGUCCUUGAGAUAUUAAUUAAACUAUCUCCUUUUACUUCUGCCAAAAAUAACUAUUUUUUGUCUAUUUUAAAUAAAAAACCUGAAGACCUUCUGACAUUCAAUCCCUGUAUACAAACCCCUGAAACUUAGAAUAUACCUUUUUCUUUAAACUCUACAAACAUAAGGGAGGAGAAAUUUAACAUCUCACUUCAAAAAAAUUAUAUGAGUAGUAAAAAUCAUAUCACAGUAAAUUUGUCAUGGUCAUGCAAAACCUUGAAAUCUGAAUUUUAGUAGAAAUAAACCAAUGUUUUUUCGUAUCUUUUGUUCAGCUUGUGAGUGCGCCACUGCAGGGACAGUUGGAGCCAGUAGUAUCUGUUUGUCAGACAGUACUGGUCAGUGCACAUGUAAGAUAAAUGUCCAAGGUCGAGCCUGCGACACAUGCAAAGAUGGUUUCUAUAACCUGACCAGUGACAAAGCUGAAGGUAUUUAGAAUUUUUUUAUUCUUGCAAACAUAUAUUUUUAAUGCAUUAUAGUUAAUAUAUAAUAUAUAUAUAAAAUAUCUCACAUAAUUCGACAGUACUAUUUAAAAGAUGAGAUAAGCCAUGGUGAUAUUGCUUACCUCUCCUGUUGAUUAAUGAUAACUUGGCUAAGGGGCUAAAUCAGAUUUCACAGAGAUGUUACAAUGUUUAUAAAUGUGUUUCUAGAUUUUGUCCUUUAAAUUACUUGUUUCAAAAUGGCUGCUCUUUUCUGAGCAUGACACUGCCUUGAUUACAGCUUUACACCAAUAAUAACAAACCACGAAUUUAAAAUAAUUUAAUUUAAACGUUUAUCAGUUUUACACUGAAAGUAAAUGUAAUUACUCUUUGUUUAUUCCAUUUUAAAUUAAGCAUUUGAAAAUUCAUCAACAAUUAAAUUCAAAAGACUAAUCUGAGAACUUAAUUUGCGUUAAUUGCAUAAUAAAAUAUCUCUUUUACCAUUCUUAAACAAAUUGUGGUUUCCUUGAAGUAUAAGUAGUAUUGCAGCUAAUGUUUUCUUUAAUUUCUGAAUUUAGGUUGUACACCCUGUAACUGUGAUGUUGGCGGAUCUGAGAAUCAAAUUUGUGACAAAGUAACAGGACAGUGUGUGUGUAGUAGUCAGAAUUUGAUGGGGAGGCGCUGUGAUAGGCAAGUUUAACCUACAAAAUGAUGACCACCCAAGGCUGUUUAUCAUUAGAUUUUCUGAUCAUUAUAUCGUUAUGUCAAUAUCAAUAGUCAACAUUUGAUAUUGACAUUUUAUUUAUUUUAAAUAAGAUAUGAUUAUAUUAAAAAUGCAAUUAUUAACAAUUGUAAUAAAAUUAUUUUAUCAUAUCAAAUUCUCCUGUCAAAAUAAAAAUAUGGAACUAAUCAUAUGCACAUUUUGUACAAUAUUCUUAAUUGGUAAUAAACAUUUGAAAACAAAAAAUGAUAAGAAUUAUAUUUGUUAUUUUAAACAUUGCUCUGUGUACACCUAGCAUUCAGCAAGGCUAUUACUACCCAAGUGCUCACAGUAUAUAUACAGAAUUAGAGGAUAGCUUUGGUGAAGUUGUUUUUAAUAGGAACCCUCAAUAUAUUGGAUUCUCUGGUCGAGGCUAUGCAGUAGUUGUCCCUGGAGUAAGUACUGCAUGGCUGAUAUUCAAUGCAAACCACUGCUUUUUCAAUGAAAUCUUAUUCAAAUUAUGAAUGUUUACAACUUCUAUGUUAGUUUUUGUUUGAAAUUUAAUUAUCUCAUCUUGCUCACAAGUACACAAAAUAGUGUUUUUUUUUACCUAAUCCUUCUUUGUGCACAUACUUUAUAUCUAUUAAAAAUAAUUAUCAAAAAAAAUGUCAGCCUCCACAAAAUAAUACGAUAAAGAAUUCGAAAAUACAUUUUGGGUUUAUUUAAUAUUUUCAUAUAAAUUUUAGAUUUUGAAUUUUCUUUUUAUAACUGAAGACACUUAAUGAACACUUUUUUAACAUUUAUAAUUUGGUACGGAGUUUUGUUAAGAUAUGGUAAUUAUUUUCAUUUGUAUUCUCUUAUUUUUCCAAUAAUUCAACUAUCAAAAAUUAAUAUUAAAUAGCUUUUAAUUAGCUUUUAAAAUAUUUUCCAUGAUAUAAUAGCUUAUAAAAUGUAAAACUGAACUGAGCUUUAAGAAACGUUGUUUUGAAGCUGCUGUUAUUUCUAUCAAUUUAUAAGAAAACUAUAUAAUUAUUGCUAUCCACUUUAACAAUCAUUGAUGUUAUUUUUUAUAAAUCCUUAUUAUUUUUUUGCCACUGAUAUAAAUUACAACAAACUCAAGAACAAGUUAGAAAAAAUAAGGAACUAGCUCUUGAUACAAUUAUUCAAUAUUUUAAUUUUUAAGACUGUUAAAGAUAACUAAUUUAAAACCUAUGUUUGAUCUUUUGUCAGAGUUACCUCUCAUUUCUAUUGAGCACCCCAAUCAAUACAGACCUGAGCAACAAUUACAUCUUCAUCAUCAUGUACAGAUCCACUGAAACUACAAAUAUCACUUUCCAAGUCCAGGCAGCAGGUUUGUUGUACAUAAUUAUUUCAUCAUUUCUUGAUAUGCUAACUGUACCUAAUUAUUUGCCAUUACCUGUUUUUAAAAAAACUUUAAGCUAAUUAUCAGCAUUAGUAAAGUUUGUUAAAAUAUAUUUUUUAUUUUACAUUAUUGAUUUAAUCUCAGAUAGACAAUGCAUAUUGAAAGUUCAAACUCUCAUAAAAUAGUAUGAAGUUAUAUUAAAGUCAUGAAAAAAAAGGUGAAUCUUUUAGCAAUUUUUUUUUUUACAAUUGUGAAGAAUUUGUAUUAGUGUAGGCCUCUAAUUAUGAGAAAUUUUACUGUUGUACACUUUAAAUAAUUAUAAAGAAGAUAUUUAUCUGUACGAAAAGACAAACAAAUGAAAUGGUGUGGCUAGUAAUAGCAUCUUAAAAACAAAAUCUGAGAACAGAGCAUGUUGAAGAAGGCUUAAGGACAUUAAGUUGUAUGUAUGGCUCAUGUCUCUAGAGUCUCAAAAUAGCACAUUGGACAAUCAUUUAUAUUUUUCUAACACACUCUGUCACAGUUUACAUACAAGAAAAUAAGACGAUUUUGAAAAAAAUACAUUUUUCAAAGUAUUUUCAUUAAAAUAUGUGGACGUUUCUAUUUUUAUUUUAUGUUAUCUUAGUCAGAGUGGCAGACAAGGGCCUGCAGAUGCUGAGGCAACUGAGUAAAUCACUCAUAGCCCUGUCGGCUUGGGAUAGGGGGCCUCAAGGGCAGAAAUUUAUACAUUUAAUACUGUUAGUUUGAAAUUUAUUAGGUUCCAAAAUUUGGAUUGCCUCUGGGCCCAAAAUUCCCUGCAUGGCCUUGGUGCCAGGCAUUUUACUACUUAGUAUUCUUGUAUUAUAAUUUGAUUACUUAUGAGUGUCAGUUAACUAUCUUUCCUGUCCUUUUUUAGAUGAUGAAAACAUUAACAUGACACUUGUGUUGCCCGUUUGUGUCAGUUGGUGUCAAGCAAACACCACGCUCACCCAGCCACUGAACCUCAACCCUGGUCCAAAUCUAAUUAUUCUAACCGUCAACAGUGGA